CUGGUUUGUUUUUUUAACAAGACAUUUCCAUGUAAUUUUCCAUGUAAUAUCUUUUUUUUUUUUUUUAGCUUCCGCAUACAGUAUGGGAAUUAUGAUGUGAAUGACGGGAAAUUUAUGAUAAAAUACAUCACUAGGAAAACGAGCUGAUGGCUUCUUAUCUGAGUCGAUACCGCCGGCGGAUCCUGUGCUUCUGUUCGCCGUGCAUAUUGCUGCUCCCAGUCUAUAUCUAUGUCUCAGUCGUGUUGUGCUAUGUCAUGAAACAUGGGGCAUCUGGUGUACCUGGUGCACGUGUUGUUCAUUCUGUGCUGCCGAGACACUUUAUCGCCAGCGGACUCAAACGCUCCAGAGAUCUGGCUCCUCAUCCUGAGAAAUCCUUUUGGAGAAGUGAGCUAGAGAGUGGCGCUCUGUGGAACAUCAUCCAGUACACGACGGAUUCCCAGUAUAACCCCAUCCUAAGACCUCAUCUGGCUGCAAACUCAUCCAGUGUUCCUUACACAGCAGAAACGUCCAGAAGGACUGGGGGUGGAUGUUUUCCAAAUUAUGAGAUUAACCAAACAAUGCCGGAUUUCGCCGAUCUACCAGUGCAGAUGAAGAAUUUUGUAACCACCAUGCACUGUCGAGACUAUCCACUGAUUAUAGAUCCUUUAGAAGUUUGUCAUCCACAGUCAAAGCAAUGGGCGCCAACAUUGCUCAUUGCCAUUAAAACUCAGACUGCAAACUUUGAGAACAGGCAAGCCAUACGAGAAACUUGGGGGCGCUCGGGAAAAAUAAAAACACUAAGUGGACGCCAAAGGCUCGUCCGCACGGUCUUCCUUCUGGGGAAGUCCGAAGACUUGGAUAUUGAAGAGAAAUUGCUUUUAGAAGGUGAAAAAUAUGGUGAUAUCAUCCAGUGGGACUUCAUGGACACCUUCUUUAACCUCACCCUGAAGGAUGUGCUGUUCUGGGAUUGGUUCUCAAGGAGAUGUCCGCAUGCCUUGUUCAUUUUUAAGGGCGAUGAUGAUGUAUUUGUGAGGACACCUGCUGUCCUAGACUAUCUGCUGGAGGUAAAGGCAAACGGAAGCUUCUCAAAUGGAUCCAGGCAGGAAAAUAUAAUGGAGAGGUUUGUUAUGGGCGACGUGAUACACAAUGCUGUACCUAUACGUGCUAAGUUGGCUAAUUUGGCUGGUUUUGCUAAGUACUACAUCCCGGAGAGUUUCUAUAAAGGGCUGUACCCAUCAUACCCUGGUGGAGGAGGGGUGGUCUACUCUGGUUCUCUGGCACAUAGGCUUUUGGAGGUGUCACAGAGGGUUCAUCUGUUCCCCAUUGAUGACGUCUACCUGGGUAUGUGUCUUCAGAGACUGGGAGUUUACCCUAUCCACCAGCCUGCCUUCCUCACCUUUGGCUUCCCCAAAGACGAGCCCAAGGAACCCUGUGCGUAUCACACCAUUCUCCUGGUGCACAAGCGAAGCCCAGAGGAAAUGUUCCAGCUUUGGUUCGAAACGUUGACACCCAGUCCUGAAUGCAGAAAUGCACCACUGAGAGUCAAACCUAGACCUGACUGAGAUCAGAAGACUUUUUUUCACUGAACACUUGAAAAGUGAUGUUAUUCAUAGUGAUAAAUGUUUAAAAAUACAACUUCCAUCAGAUAUAUACUUCUGCUCCCAACAACAAGAAUAUUUUUUAGUUUUUACAGUAUACUUUACAGUAUAUUUAUAGUUCACAGUCAUUUUUACCUGCCAAAAAGUGAUGAUCUUCCUCAGUAUUUUUGUCUUAUCAAGAACAAAUGUCCAAAGAUUUUUAAAUCAAGAUACAUUUACUUGAGAAGCAAAAUAACAUAGGACAUACAUACAUUGUUGUUUUUUUCUUUGGUGAAUUGCUCAAUGGGCUCUGAAAAAUAACACGUUAGUACCCUAUUCACAGAUAUUUGUUUUUGUUUUAAUCAUAAUCACACUUAAUUUUGUCGAUUUAUCAGAAAACAAAACUUCAUAUAUUUACUUUGCAUCUCAAGUAGAAGUAUCUUGAUUUAAGUAUGUUUAGAUAUAAAGAAAGCGCA